CGAACUGCGUCCGCAUUUCUUCUUUAUUUUUUUUCUAUCGACAUUUUGCUGUUUGUGACAGUUGCCGCGUGUUACUCGCCGCCGGUAAAGAAUAUUUAUUGAAAAAUCUUCUAAACACUAAAAAUGUCGAUCCACAUCAAAGACAUCGAUGACCUGAAGACCAGACUGGCCGAAGCCGGCGACAAGCUGGUGGUCAUCGACUUCAUGGCAACCUGGUGUGGGCCCUGCAAGAUGAUCGGGCCCAAACUAGACGAAAUGGCGCAAGAGAUGACCGACUCCAUCGUCGUACUUAAGGUGGACGUAGACGAAUGCGAAGACAUUGCGACCGAGUACAACAUCAAUUCUAUGCCCACCUUCGUGUUUGUCAAGAACUCGAAGAAACUGGACGAGUUCUCUGGCGCCAACGUAGACAAACUGAGGAACACUAUUUUGAAGCACAAGUAAACCUUUAUUUGGGAUGUACGCUGCCUAUGAUGCCCUGGUACUUUCAAUUUGAGCUUUCAAAAGUGUACUUUUCAAAUUGACUUGAUAAUUGUUAUUUAGUUUUAUACAUUCCACUGCUGUGCAUGUGUCUCUAAUAGAUGAUGGGCCUAUCACAUUGUCAUAUGACAGAAACAAAAGACAUAUAGUAAUUUUUAAAGCUAAUUAUUUCCUAAAUUAUGUUUUUAUAUACACGCUUGCAUUCUUGUAAAUCGCGCCUACAUUUUAGCAUUUAUUCACCUAACCUUUUACUGUGUAUCUAAUAGUGAAAGCGGUAAAUGUUGUUUUAAAUGUUAAAGAUCUGAUGAUAGUGAUAUUCUAAAAAGACGAGGCCUCAUUAAAACGUCACAAAUUUUCUUUUUACAUCACACCUGAAGUACCAGGGGUAAAUAACUUUAUGAAUUUUUUUAUGCAUGCAUAAUAUGUAUUUCUCAGUAAAAUUAGUAUUGUUAUUGUAGAAUACAUAUUUAUUUUUUAUUACCGAAAUGUGUCUUACGUAGUGCUUUGAUGUUUUUUGCACAAAUUGGGUUGAAACAGCCAAAAUUUUAAAUAAGUAACCGCUAUUUGGUGUCUUUGACCACUCAAAGAGCUGAUUUGAUGCGGUUGAUUCUGAAUGGCUGUUCAAAAGAGUGCC